UUUUUAUUUUUCAUUUAAUCGAAAUUCUAUUCAGAUAUCCAACACUUACAGUCAACAGUAAAUUGUUUGUGAAUAUCAAAUGAGUUUACAGAAUUUUUAUUACUCUCUUAUAAUUUUUCAAGAUGAAAGCAGAAUGGAUAUUUAGAGCUUGAAAAAGAUUAUGUUUAAUAAAAAUUUGAUAUAAAUAAUUUUGAGAAGAGAAUUAAGAGUUGGAGGAUUUUUCUUUAUUGAAGUCAGCAAUAUUAUUUUAGGUAUAACAAUGUUUAAUAUUGUUGUUGGUAUUAUCAUUGAUAAUUUAAAAGUUCAGAAGAAGAAAGCAACAAAUUGAAUGAUAUAGAUAGAGUUGUUUGAUAAUUGCAUUAUUUGUGAUAACUUUAAGUGUUCUAG